AUGGCCUCAUCAGAUUCCCACCCAACAAAAACCCUCACCGCAUCCUGCCACUGCCGCAACAUCCAAUUCAGCAUAACCCUCCCUAAAUCCUCCCUCCCACUAAAAAUCCACAUCUGCCACUGCACAAUCUGCCGCUACGUCCACGGCGCACCAUGCUGUUUCCACACGCCGCUCCCAGACGGCGUCGAUCUAGACUUCAUCGCGCCCUCCAGCAAAGAUAAACUGACCUCGUACACGCAUCCAUCCUUCCGCUCGAGAAAAUGGUUCUGCAGUACAUGCGGUUGUCAUAUCGGGGAUAGUUCGUUGACAGGGGAAGUUUCUUGGACGAUCUCGACGGCGAUUUAUGAUGCUAAUCGUGAGGAGGAGGGGAUUUGGAAGUUUAAUUCGCAUAUUUGUCCGGGUUCUACGGGGGAUGGGGGGUUGUCGGGUGUUUUUGGGAGUGUGGACGGGGUUGAGCUUAAGAUGUGGGAUCUGGAUUUACCGGUUGCUGAUUCUACGAAGACGGCUUCGUCUGCACCGGCUACGGUUACAGAAAAGGCCGUGUCUCAAGGGAGCAAUGCCAAUGCAGAUAUACCUGCAGAUCCAAACGAGAAACUCCUCGCCCAAUGCCACUGCGGCGACGUAUCCUUCCACAUAUCCAGACCCAGCCCGGACUUCAUCACCAGCCCAGCAAGCAGCACCUGGCUCUCCCCGCUCGACAAAACCCGCUGGCUCGCCAGCCUCGACCUCUGCGACGACUGCCGCCUCGUCACAGGCACAAACGUCAUCGGCUGGAUGUUCGUCCCCGUGGAUCACAUCACGCCUGCCGUACCAUCAAACCUGCUAGUCGGGUCCUCCAAGGCAUACCACUCGACCGAGGACGUAGUUCGGACGUUCUGUGGGACAUGUGGUGCGACGGUGUUUUACUGGUGCAAGGAGCGGCCGGAAAUUGUGGAUGUUGCGACUGGGUUGUUGAGGGCGCCGGAGGGUGUUAUGGCGGAGAAAUGGGCUGUUUGGAGAUCCGGGCGGUUGGCGUGGCCGGAGAAUGGGCUGAGGUAUCAUGAGGGCUUUGCGAGGGCGUUGAUGGAUGGGAUGAAGGUUUGGGGGAAGGAGAGGGGGCAUGCAGAUGAAUUUGUGGUGCCUUGA